GUGCCGAUUGACCCUUUUCGGCUACAGUAGUUGCGGAAAUGCUUCCGAAAUACCAGUUUCACGCCCAUGAGAAGUUUGCCUGUUCGGAUGUAACGUGACAUUUAUACACACGGCGAGAGGCGAGCAGCGCACAAACACACACGGGCUCAUACAUUCACAGGCUGCAGUGUGUACGAGUUUGUUUCCAGAGACAAAGAAUGGCAUCCGGCACUGUUUAUUCGCAAAGAGACCCGAUGCUUAAGAAGAGAGAUGACUUUGAGGACAUUCUAGAGGAGAGGAGGAACUCCAGCGACUUGAGAUACGCCCUCAAGUGUUACACCCCGGUUCUCUACAAAGGCGUUGCACCGUGUAAAUCGAGCAUGCUGAAGAGCAUGGUGCUUCAGUCUGACCAGCUCCACUAUGUCAUCCAGCAGGUUUCGAAAGAGACGGGCAGGCAGACUGACAACGUCCAGGAGGAGGUGUCAGCCAUCUUGGAUGAGAUGGCCCAUUCUCUGCAGCUCAGCACGGUUCGCUUCUUUGCCUUUAGCCUCACCAAGAUCUUCAAGUCCUUGUUCAAGAGCAUCUGUGUCAACGAAGAGGGCAUCCAGAGGCUCCAGCAGGCCAUUCAGGACCACCCGGUAGUCCUGUUACCCAGUCACCGUAGUUACAUGGACUUCCUGCUGAUGUCAUACCUGCUAUACACCUACGAACUGAGUCUGCCGGUCAUUGCUGCCGGCAUGGACUUCAUGGGGAUGAAAUUUGUUGGGGAGAUGCUCCGGAUGUCUGGAGCUUUCUUCAUUCGAAGGUCGUUUGGUGGGAACAAGCUGUACUGGGCUGUGUUCUCGGAGUAUGUCAAGACAAUGCUCAAGAAUGGAUUUGCACCAGUUGAAUUUUUCCUAGAGGGGACCAGAAGCCGAACGUCCAAGUCUUUGACGCCAAAGUUGGGUCUGUUGAAUAUAGUCAUGGAUCCGUUCCUUAAAGGCGAGGUGUUUGACGUCAACGUGGUCCCAGUCAGCAUCAGCUACGAGAGGAUCUUAGAAGAGACGCUUUAUGCCAGAGAGCUGUUAGGAAUUCCCAAACCCAAGGAGUCUACUUCAGGGCUGUUCAAAGCCAGAAAGGUCCUCAGCGAAGACUACGGCAGCAUCCAUGUGUACUUUGGUCAACCUGUGUCUGUUAGGAGUUUAGCCGAGGGGAGAGUUAACCGCUGCCAGUUCAACCUAGUACCAAGACACAUCCCUGGGAGGCCAGACGAGGACAUCCACAGCUUUGUGAAUGACUCGGCCUACAAGCUGGUGCGGGCCCAGGAGGACAACAUGGUGCUGAAGCCGUGGGUCCUUCUGGCCUCCCUGCUGCUGCAGAAGCAGGCGGCGGGGGGGCAGGAACAGGGGAUGGCGCUGGACGAGCUGACUGCACAGGCCGUGUGGCUCAGGGACCUCUCCCGGCAGUACGGAGCCUUCCUCCACUGGCCUGACCAAAUGACUCCAUCAGAAGUAGUUUCCUCCAGUCUUACUCUGCAUCGGGGUCUAGUGAGGACCUGCGAGGGGAAAGUCCAGCUGGCUUUGGAACAUGAAGGAGGACCGGUGGAUCCAGUGAAGCCCCAGAGCACCGCCACCCUGGAAGAGAAGCUCUUGAGCCAGGCAGUCAUCGUCCUCUCCUGCGCCUCCUACAGGAACCAGGCUCUGCACGUCUUUCUCCGGCCGGCUCUGCUGGCCUCCGCUAUCCACGCUGCUUCCUCCAACCUCAAACAGGAGGUCUUCAACAGUUUCAGCUUCCUAAGGAACAUGUUUUCCAAUGAGUUCAUCCUCUGCCCUGGAGCUACAGUGCAGGACUUUGAGGAGGCCUGUUACCUGCUGGUGAAGACGGGAGCUCUGCAGGUCACCCAGCAGGAGGUCUUGGUAACUGAAAGAGGACACAGGACACUGUCCUUCCUCGUCAGUAUGCUGGAUCCCUUCCUACAAGGAUACCAGGUGGUGUGCCGGUUUCUGUGUGAAGAGGCCACUGAGACUCUGACAGAAAAACUGUUUAUUCCUGCCAUCCGGAAAUUCAUCAUUAAACAUCUUCUAUCAGGUAGACUCCGGUAUGUCGAAGUGCUGUCGUCUGACCUCCAGAAAAACUCUCUGGCUGCCUUUCUAAGACUUGGAGCUGUAGAGAAAAUCAAAGGUGUGGAUCGGGAGACGUUAAAGGUCAACAUGGUGAUGGUGAACUCAUUGGAAGACACUCUAGGAGGAAAACUGCCCACUCAGAAAGCUGUCGCCGCCCGCCUCUAAUUCACCGCCCUCCUUAGCCGAGAGGGGAUUGAAGAGUGUUGAUCAUUUUUUACUCGCAUCCACCGACGUCCGAGCUCUUCUCUGCCUGAUGGGCUCUGCCAGACAAAAGGAUCUCUAUUUGGUGAAAGCUUAAUUUAUUUUCUCUAAUAUCCCUUCACUUCUUUGGGCUUAUUUUGUCUCUUUCUCACCCGUCUUUCUAUUGAGAAAAAGCUUUUGUAUAUGUUAAUAAAGCCAGGUGAUGAGUAAGGCCUGCACAGGUUAAUCUGCAAGCUCUUUGAGUCAUUCUGAAGAAGGGGCCGUUUGCAGUGAGCAGCCAUGUGAAAGCUUCUGAAUGUGUCACCUGCACUCAGGAUAGUGGCCGUUCCCGUGUGCCUUUGUGUUAUUCUCCAUCUGUUAAAUGGCUGCUAGACUUGUUUGUUUAUUUUGAGCACUUUAAUGAAUUUAUUUAUGCAAUGUAGAGUAGACCUAUACGUAACACCUUUGCACCGUUUGAACAAAAGAUUUGACAUAUUUGAGUCAAACUUGCCACAGACCCGAUGCCUUCUACAAGAACAGCCUGAUUAAAGUGUCACUGUUGGACCACACAGAGCUGAGGUAUGUUACAGGUGUGUUACAGGUGUGUUACAGGUAUGUUACAGGUGUGUUACCGGGGUUUCCAGCUGCCAAACUCUGUUUUAAAAUGGCAGUUUGUUGUUGCGAAGCACCACAAGAACCACCAGCUACACCAAAGGGACAAGUUCGCUGCAGAUCAUUUAGAUAUUUUCUCAUGAUCGCACGUGUAGAAUAGUUACUGAUUUGAAUAUACAGACUAUACAACAUGUUUAUUUAUAUUCAUAGCGAUACAUUAUUGACGACAUUUUGUUAGAGGGAGGGGGAGGUGAGCCAAAUCAAAGUAAAUGAUAAGCUGUAGCUGAGAGACAGAAACCUUAUUUAAAAAGAGUUUUAAAAAAAGUCAAAUUGACCCAUUAACAGACGUGUUGUUCAGAAGGGUGUAAUUAACAAUGAAUUUGGGGUUUCACAGACAUUGACACAUCCACUGAUUUUUGAUACUUCUUUCUAAAAUACAUACGUGUUCCUCAACAAAACCCUUUUUGUUUUCUUUAAAAUGGCCACUUUUCCUGGAAUCUAAGAAAUGCAAUAACAUUGUCAUAACGGUUUCUUAAUCGUAUUAUUGGCUGCUUU